UGGCCCCGCCGCCGGAACUGUCGUAUCCAGGACGGAAAUGCACGACGAAUUUCUCGCCUUUUUUUCUUCAUGGCGAUUUUAGACCCAUUUCUGAAGUAUCAUACAGAUAUUUGUGUGACAUGAGGACUACGUUAGCUGAAUUUACCAAGUUGAAUAUUACCUCAUUAUUAGUACAAGUGAAGCAGGCUACACCAAGCCUUGAGAAAACUUUCGUCGAAUGUCCCCAGUGGGGGACAGAACUCCCAGUGGCAAGAUGGAUCCUCUGCAGAGUGUACCUGAAUCGCCAGGAGCCUCCAUCUUUGGAUCGCAGGAGGAGAGAACCAGUCUUUGUACAGUCAUUUAUGACUAUGAAGCGACAGCUGACGAUGAGCUUACCCUCCACUGUGGCGAUCUAGUUGAGGUGAUCUCGAAAGAAAUCUCAGUGUCCGGAGACGAUGGCUGGUGGACGGGAAAAGUCCACGAUCGAGAAGGAAUAUUUCCCAGUAACUAUGUCAGCCAACCUCACGUGCUUCUCCAAAAGGAGAAGAACUUUGGGGUUUCAGAGAUCGACUUCAAUGAGAUUGUCCUUAGUGAGGUGAUAGGAGUGGGUGGAUUUGGAAAGGUCUAUAGAGGCCUGUGGAAAGAUGAAGAGGUGGCCGUCAAAGCGGCUCGAACUGACACCGAACAGGAUCUAGGAGAAAUUAUGGAUAAUGUCAGACAGGAAGCCAAACUGUUUAGUUUACUCUCGCAUCUGAACAUCAUUACGUUAAAAGGUGCAUGCUUAGUGGAACCCAAUAUAUGCCUAGUAAUGGAAUAUGCGCGUGGUGGAGCUUUGAAUCGCGUGCUCAGUAGCAACUGCAAGAAGUUAGGCCUGCCUCCAGAUGUUCUUGUUGACUGGGCCUACCAGAUAUCAGAGGGUAUGCACUACCUUCACACAGAGGCACCAAUUCCUCUUAUUCACAGAGACCUCAAGUCAAGCAAUAUUCUCAUCAACGAGAAGAUAGGAGACAACGAUUUCUACGGGAAGACACUAAAGAUAACAGACUUUGGCCUCGCCAGAGAAAUGUACCGCACAACAAGAAUGAGCGCUGCUGGGACGUAUGCCUGGAUGGCUCCUGAGGUCAUCAAGUCUUCCCUCUUCUCGAAGGGCAGUGACGUCUGGAGUUAUGGAGUAUUACUGUGGGAAUUGCUGACUGGAGAAGUACCCUACAAAGGCAUAGACGGCCUGGCAGUCGCCUACGGUGUUGCUGUACAGAAAUUAACUCUACCCAUUCCUUCCACGUGUCCAGAACCUUUUGUCAGAAUACUAGAAGAAUGCUGGAACCCAGAGCCCCACCAAAGACCGAGUUUCGCCGAGAUUCUCAACCACCUCAGGGAGAUUGCCGACUCACCGUUUAUUGACACGCCACACGAGUCAUUCCGCUCUAUGCAACAAGACUGGAAGCAGGAGAUUCAGGAAAUGUUUGAUGAGAUCAGACUCAAGGAAAAGGAGCUGAGAACACGAGAAGAGGAGCUGAUGAGACAGACCAUCGAGCAGCAGGUCCACGCCCGGGUACUACGGCAACGGGAGCAGGAGCUAGCCGAGCGAGAGAUCGACCUUCUUGGCCGGGAGCUCAACAUCAUGAUCUUACAGCAACAGCAGGACGACAAACCUGUACCCAAGAAGAGGAGGAAUAAGUUCAGACGGGGGAAAGUGCGGCGGAGUAACAAGCGCAUCAGCGGGCCCUCCGAUUUCCAGCACAAGUUGACGGUGACAUCUGACCCAUCCUAUGACAGGAGAGACCCCCGCUCCCCACUGAGUCCAGAAGACAGCCCACCUAAAAGCCCCUUGCCUAGACUCCGAGUUAUCGCAUUACCCAAAGGGAUCAAGGGUAAGACAUGGGGACCAAGUUCUGUGCAGCAGAAGCAGAAAGAUCGCCCUUUCAAGGCCUACUCCAAGUCAAUGUCGGAAGCUACUGGCAAGAAAUUUGCCACCACCAGCGCCCCGAGUCUGGGCUACCCUUAUGGGCAUUGGUAUCACGCUGGCGACACCUCCGAUAAUGAAACGGAAUGGCCCACAGAUCUUGGAAUGCCCAAGGCACACUGGCGUAGUGUCGGCCCCAGCACAGAAGAUGGUGAGUCUACAGACGACUCCAGGACGUCUCCGCGUAACUCACUCAAGAGAGAACGAAAGCGCACCCGCGAUGGCCUGUGUACCAUAGCAGCCAUGCUGGCAUCGGUGGCCGUUGGCUUCGACAUAAGAACAACGAGUCAGUACCGGCAGGACGAGAUGGACUACCAUCGUAAGGGUUCCUCGACGUCGGAGAACUACAGUCGACAGGGAAGCCUGUCCUUCCAGCACGACCUAGACGAUUCCCCAACCAUGUCAAGCGCUUCAACAGUGAGACUCAUCAGUGUGACGUCAACUGAUGAGGACCACAAGCACUACCUCCGACAAGGGUCCUGGCAGGGCUUCAGUGACUCCUCAACUGUCCUAACCAUCAAACAGAAUCCAGCAUUCAAUGAUGAAUCAAAAGUCCCUGCCUCAUCGGAUCCACCACUGGCUGCACCCAAGACGCACCGGCGGACAGCGUCCGCUGACAAUAACCUGAGCUACUUGUCACACAGACGGACUCCUUCCGAUGGGUCCUCACCCUCGUAUUCCUCCUUCACAUCGACGGUCAAAUGGGACGGGACAGAGCCAUGGAGUAGUCCCGACUCCGACGUGUCAAGAUUACCAAACCCACCUCAAGCUCCUCCCAGGAGAAUCAGUCUGGUGCUACCUUCAGACACACACCCAGAGCGGCCACGCACACUCGAUAUCUCCCCCAGGCCGAGACCACAUUCCAGAAUAUAUCUGACCCCUCAACCAGGCACCCAGGACUCGCCGCUUGGUACAGGACCUGCUGCAAGUAAUGCCACUCCAAAACACAGUACCUACUCAUCAGAUGCAUCCCAGAGCUCUGUGUCACCAAGCCCUGCCCACCACUACCCCCAAGCAGCAGCAGCAGCAGCCGCAGCAGCCACAGCAGGGACAGACAUGCAACGAGGUGCGGUCACAUCCAGUCCAGCUCACUACUACUCUCCACACCACCAGGCAGCAGCGACGGAUCUCUCCAAAAGUCCAGCCCAUCACCUCUCACCUCAGCACUCACAGCACCAUCAGUCACCCCACCAUCCCCAGGGUGCCACAAACACCCCGUCACAUACCCCUCAGCAUUAUGCCACCCAGCAGCACCACACCCCUCAGCACUAUCCCAACCCCAGGGGUACCCUGGAGCACCGUACCUCACUCUUAGAUGUGGAUGUGGAGGGGCAGAAGGCAGACGGCACCAGGCCGUUAGUGCAACAGAACCAACGAGGAGGCUUACCAAGGAAGCCAUCAGUCCUGGAGCUGGAGGAGGAGUUCUUAUGAUGUUAGCGUCAAGGUCCUGGAUAAUCUUUGUGGUAUGGAUUCUUUUUACGGGUGAAGCCUCCUAGAUCUUAAGUACUUCCUGUCGGUGUGUCUACAUUCUCACUAUGUGGGAAUUAAAUUAAUGUGCUUAUAACCCCCUUCUCUACCCCCUAUUGGUGUAUUUGUUUUCGUUGUAGUGCUCUUUCAGAAGGAACUUACAACCACACGUUUGUACCUGAUAUGCCUGGAUGUAAAUGUUCCAAUUCUGAUCUAAACGCAACAAACCAACACAGGGAGAGGUGACCUGAAUUCAGGAGAUGGGUCACACCAACUGUAUUCUUAAAAUAAAACAAAAUAAAAUGGUAAUUCUUUCAUGUAGUUGGUGAUGGCAUGUUAAUAUGUAUCUUCAAUUACACAAACUGUAUUCUUAAAGAAAUGCUGGUAUAUAAGUUAAGGAACUAAGUAUCUAGAUAGUGUACCUGUUAGCGUUGCAUUGGAUAUAAGGGACUCUUCAACUGCCAUUACAUUAUAAUGCU